AUGAUUGUAAUCUACCUUCUGAUAAUUGCCAGUGCAUGGCAAAGAGCGGUCGCUGAUUCUGAUGCCUGUUCAAGCAGUGUAAUUAUCUCAAAUCAAAUCGAUGCGAACAAGUUGACCAGCUGCGACACAUUUGACGGAAGCAUUACGAUAUCUUCUUCUGCCAGCGGAGUGAUUACUAUCAAUAAUGUCGAGGAAAUCAAGGGCGCGUUCAGUGCUGAGGGCGCCUCAGAACUCACGAAAAUCAUUAUUCCUGAUUUGGACAGUGUGCAGGAAGGUGUCACCCUGAGUAACCUCAACUCACUCACCACCAUAGCCAUGGGCUCGCUAUCACAAGUUUCUUCGAGUAUAAUAAUUACGGGAAAUCCGAACCUGAAAACACUUGGGCUUCAAGAAUUGGAAGAAGUUGAAGGACAACUGGUAUUGACGGGAUUAUUCGACAGCGUCUCCCUACCUUCUCUGGAUCAGGUCAAGGGUCAGACAACGAUCACAGGCAGCAGUUUCAUGUCAUGCAGUAGUUUGGACAGCUUAAAAUCGAACGACGUCUUCAAAAAUGGCUAUUCCUGCGUUAGUGGCUCGUCUGGGCUGAGUCCAGGAGCAAAGGGCGGGAUUGCAGCGGGUGUAAUCGUGGCUGUUCUUCUGAUUGUGCUGGGCCUAUGGUUUGUGCUUCGGCGGAGGCGCCAGAGACAGAGAGCUGAAGGGACCCAAUCAACUGUUUCACCUUCAUCAACCCCAUCAACUGUCGUGGCACAUGAUGAAAAAGCCCCCAUUUCUCAAGGCAGCAUCUCACCUCACAAAGAGCCAUCACCUCCAGCAGUACCGCAGACUCUCUUACCCCGAAAGCCAGUUGGGUCCGCAAUAUUCUUGGAUAGUCGCUCAAUCUACGAGGCACCAAAUGGAUCUGCUCCGGAUCAUAAAUGUCACGAGUUGGACGCAGGACCAAUUUCAAGCUCUCAUCAGCGACCAAUCAAUGCAGGCUGA